CAGAGCUUCGUGGCUUUCAUCUCCGGCGAGCUUCACUGUCCGAUUUUUGAGGAUGGGUAAAAUUAAGAAGAAAAAUCAGAAAGAAGGUAAUGAGAAUGACAGAGGCUAUCUAAAUUGGAACAUAGAAAUGGAUCGUGCCUUGGCCGCAGUCCUCAUUCAACUACUAAACAGUGGCAAUAAAACAGAUGGAGGAUGGAAGCCAAUUGCUUACAGUACUGCUACAGAGGCAAUGAGGAUGCAAUUUCCCCACAUUUCUAUUACAAAAGACAACAUCAAGAAUCGCCUGAAGGUUUGGAAGAUUCAUUAUGCUUUUAUUACCGACAUGCUUAGACAAAGUGGGUUUACAUGGGAUUACACCAGGAAUACCAUAUCAUUUACCGACGAGAAUGUAUGGAAAACUUAUGUUGAGGCAAACCCUGGUGCAAUUAAGUAUCGUAAUAAGGUUAUUGAAAAUUGGGAUGACAUAGUAACAAUAUGUGGAAGUGAGAAAGCAAAUGGGGAAGGUGCUGAAACAGCUGCAGAUGCUGAGGAAGCAAAUGGGGAUGAUGCUGGUGAUACAAAUUCUGUUAGUUUAGAAGGUACAAGAGUCGUCGAUGCUCUUAAUUCUCCUAAUGGUGUUGGAAUCAGGCAAGCAAAAGUACGAUUAUCAUCUACAUUGGUUAACCCACUACCAAGCAAGAAAAGUAAAACCAAGGAUACACUUGCAUCUGCCAUUGCAAAAAUGGCUGCUUCCUUAGAGAAAUAUAUGCUUGCUUCAUCUAAGAAAGAGUCUGAUCCAAGAGAGGUAUACGAAGAAGUUUGCAAGGUUCCAGAGCUCGAGGAAAUGGAGUGCCUCAAAGCUUGUCAAUGUUUCAUGGACGACGUGAAAGCAUUCUCCAUGCUAAAGAGCCUUCCCAUUGAAAGGAGGAAGGGUUGGGUAUUGUUGACUAUAAGUCGUCACUUCACUUAGAUUUUUCUUUCUGUUUUUCUUUUUGAAUCUGUCAUGGACAUCAAUGGUAGUAUGAUUACUUCUGUGAUUAGGUUAGGAAAGAAAUGGAAACCGGUGAAUGUAAAUAUUGAUUCUGUAAAUAGAUGAGCUCUGAUAAAUUCAUACAUAGACAUGGUUAUGGGAUUUUCACUUGAAUAAGAUGUAGACUUUCAUGGUAA